AUGACACAUCCCCAAAGAAGACGUGGUGGUGGUGGCCGUGAAAGAGGUUUAGCCACAGGCGGUGGAGGAAGUGCCGUAAGAGGCCGUGGAAGUGAAUCCGGCGGAGGAAUUAAGGGAGGAAGCAAAGUGUUAGUGGCGCCACACAGGCACGCAGGAGUGUCCAUUGCCAAGAGUAAAGGAGAUGCUCUUGUCACCAAGAACUUAGUUCCUGGUGAAAUCAUUUACAAUGAGAAGAGAAUCUUUGUUCAGAACGAGGAUCGAUCUACAGUUGAAUACAGGAUUUGGAACCCUCAUAGAUCUAAGUUAGCUGCUGCUAUUAACAUUGGUGUUGAUAACAUUUGGAUCAAACCUGGUCUUAAAGUUCUUUACCUUGGUGCUUCUGCGAAUAGUAUAGACUCAAAUUUAUCAGCAGAAACAGAGAGUAUCAGAAGGAAGUGGAGAAGCUGCAAAUGGAAGAGUUGA